AAAGCCUGACCUGCCUACAGGAUUCAGACACACUCCUGGGCACCAACCAUGGGACUGGAACAAAUUCCUGCUUGGCUGACCACCGUGGCCUGUGGGCUCCUGCUUCUCCUCCUUGUUCAGGGCCGGGACUCAGCCAGUCCCAUCAGGACCACACACACAGGCCAGAUACAAGGCAGCCUCAUCCACAUGAAGGGCCUUGAUGUGGGUGUCCACAGCUUCCUGGGAAUUCCCUUUGCCAAGCCACCUGUGGGACUACUGCGCUUUGCUCCCCCUGAGCCACCUGAACCAUGGAGUGGUGUGAGAGAUGGGACCUCACAUCCGGCCAUGUGUCUGCAGGACAUCAGUGCACUAAAUAUGCAGGCUCUUAAGCUGUUGAAGCUGACCCUGCCUCCCAUCCCCAUGUCUGAGGACUGCCUCUACCUUAACAUCUAUGCACCAGACCAUGCCCACGAGGGUUCCAAGUUGCCUGUGAUGGUGUGGAUCCAUGGUGGUGCUCUGGUUAUAGGCAUGGCUUCCUUGUAUGAUGGGUCCAUGCUGGCAGCCACUGAGGAUGUGGUGGUGGUCACUAUCCAGUACCGCCUGGGUGUUCUGGGCUUCUUCAGCACUGGAGACCAGCACGCCAGAGGCAACUGGGGCUACCUGGACCAAGUGGCCGCCCUGAGCUGGGUCCAGCAGAACAUCGCCUACUUCGGAGGCAACCCUGACCUUGUCACCAUCUUUGGAGAGUCAGCAGGUGGCACAAGUGUGUCUUCACUUGUUGUGUCCCCCAUGUCCCGAGGACUCUUCCACAGAGCCAUCAUGGAGAGUGGGGUGGCCCUCAUAUCAAGCCUCAUCUCAGAAUCCUCUGAAGCAGUCUAUAGGGUGGUUGUCAACCUGUCUGGAUGUGAACAGGUGGACUCAGAGGCCCUGGUGAACUGUCUACGAGACAAGACUGAAGACGAGAUUAUGGCUAUUAACAAGGCCUUCAAGAUCAUUCCUGGCAUAGUUGAUGGUGUCUUCCUGCCCAGGCAUCCCAAGGAGUUGCUUGCCUCUGCUGACUUCCAAUCUGUCCCCAGCAUUAUUGGUGUCAAUAAUGAUGAGUAUGGCUGGAUCAUCGCCUCGAGUAUUAGCGCCACUGACUCCCAGAAGGAACUGGACAGACAGACCGUGCAAGCUAUCCUGAGGAGAAGGGCAGCUCAGAUGAUGUGGCCUCCUGAAUUUAGUGACCUGCUUAUGGAGGAGUACAUGGGAGACAAUGAGGACACUCAGCUUCUCCAAGUGCAGUUCUCGGAGAUGAUGGAAGACUUCAUCUUUGUGGUGCCUGCGCUGCAAGUAGCGCAUUUUCAGCGUUCCCAUGCCCCUGUAUACUUCUAUGAGUUCCAGCAUCGACCCAAUUUUUUCAAGGACUCUAAACCACCCCAUGUGAAGGCCGACCAUGGUGACGAGAUUCUCUUUAUCUUCAGAUCAUUUUGGGGAGGCACCCAAGUUGACCUCACUGAGGAGGAGGAGCAGCUGAGCAGGAUGAUGAUGAAGUACUGGGCCAACUUUGCACGAUACGGGAACCCCAACAGUGAGGGUCUACCCCACUGGCCCAUGUUUGACCAUGAUGAGCAGUACCUGCAGCUGGACAUCCAGCCUGCUGUGGGCAGAGCCCUGAAGGCCAGAAGGCUGCAGUUCUGGACCCAGACUCUGCCUCAAAAGAUGCAGGAGCUAAAAGAAGCUGGGGGCAGACAUAUGGAGUUAUAGAACCCUGUGGCAAGUCGCAGUUUGUCCUAAGUGUGAGUGGGAUUAUUCUGAGGUUUCCAAAUACCUUAAGAAGAGACAGAGGGUGUUGACAGAGGUUUUUAUCCCGCCAGAUCCCACAAUCAUAUAGUCUCAAAGAAAUACACAGAGGCCU